AUGACGAAAGUUCUUGCGAGCAGACAGUCUGGGACCAAGUUUCCCCUCGAUGGUUACGAUAUAACGAAAGUCCCCGACGAAACUCCGGUCGAACUCUUCAAUACUGCGCCAUUGCUCCACGACUACCAGGGAACACGCAUCGUGCGCCUCUCUCGCACGUUGGUGCUUAAAGGAGGAGAGCUUGCACGACCAUGUGAAGCAGAAAUCAUGAAGCUAGUCCACGCAAAAACAUCAAUCCCAGUCCCUAAAGUUCAUCGAGUUCUCAAGAUCAAGACACAAGACACAUUUUUCGGAUGCCAAUGCUACUUCGUCAUGGAUUUCAUUGAAGGCGACACUAUCCAGGACUGUUGGGAGGACUUGAGUCAGGCUCAGCGUGAAGAUGUUGUUUCCCAGGUGGCUGCUAUGUUUAUUGCUUUGCAGUCAGCUCAGGUACCCCAACAACCAGGCCCGGUAGACUGUCAGCUUUGCAAGGCCAAAGGGUGCUGGUUUAGUGAUAUAGGAGGUGGUCCAUUCAGAGAUAUUACAGCAAUGGAGGACUGGUUUAACCGCAAACUUGAAAUUUGCCAAAGUUUCAAGCAAGCCCCAGAUGCUGUUCCACCGUUUUGCUUUGACAAGUUGGUUCUUACACAUCAAGAUAUUGCUCUCCGGAAUUUGAUACUAGACCCCGAGGGCAAGGUUUGGCUAAUUGACUGGGGUGAUGCUGGGAUUUAUCCUGAAGGAUUUGAAUAUGCAGCAAUAGCUGCAAGAAGGUGGACUGCCGUGUUGUUUACAGAUAUGUUGUUUGAACGGAUCCCUAAAUAUUUAGAGAUGGAGUGGCAAUUGUCCCAAAUUAUGUAUGCAUUGACAACUGGGCAAUGGAUUGACUAA